AUGGAGUCCCCGACUUCUAAAACCCCAAAUUCCGGCCAAAACCUUACCGGCGAUUCUGAUCCUCACGAAGAUACCAUGGUUCGAUCUUUUCAAAAUCUUGGGUUCGGAGACGAAAAUGGAGUCGGUGAUAUGAAAUCCCACAUAAUCAAUAAUCCAAUUCGGAAGCUUACUUGGCGGGAACGAUGGCUGCUGUCAAGUACUAUGGAUGAUGAAGAAUACAUUUGGAGUUCUCUCGUCAGUCUCUUGUCUGCCGGCGGAGACGGUGACUGCUGCUCUUCAGAGCCCUCUGUUUCGUAUCCACAAAAUGUAUCCUACACCGAUCGUUACUUUCUAAAUGAAGACUUUGAUAAAGGGGGCCCAGCACUCAACUGGGAGCGCAUUCGCGAUUUCCUGAAAGGGCCAUACUCUCUGCAGCAAGACAGACUAAUCGGUUCACUUAUUAGCGGCUUCAUUGUCGAGUUAAUGACUGAUACAAAAAUGCAUCCGGUUUUCCAAGCCUUUCUCGAUGCCUGCAAAAUGAAGCACUUUGACAAACUCCUGCGUAUGAACUGGUUAGACAGAGAGCCGUUUCUAGAGGUGGUCUUCUGUAAACAAGGGGUAGUUUCAAUGAUCAAACUCAUAAGGAAGCUCAAGAAGACGUAUCACGCUUUUUCCAUAACAGGGAUUUUGUCGACGAGAUUCGUGGAAAUAAUGACUGAUUAUACCGCGAGAGAAGUGAUUCAGACGUGCUUCAUCCUUUUCAGCCAUGAGCCAAACGAGAUACUCUACGAGAGCGCAAUAGAAAACUGCCAUUACCUUGCUAUGCACAAAGUGGGCUGUAUAUCGUUGAACGAAUGCAUAAGCACGAUUCCCGGUGAACAAAGGUCGAGGCUUCUUGUUAGUAUUGCAGAUAUGGCAGACAUUCUCUGUGAUGAUCCAUACGGGAACUAUGUUCUGCACAACGUGCUCAAGCUUAAUCACAAAGAAGUGCAUCGGAGGAUAUUCAUGUGCCUACGUGGCCAGUUUGUACAGAUGGCACGGAAAAAAGUCGGUUCUCACAUUGUGGAGAAAUGCAUGGAGAUUUCUGAAAAUUGGUUGUUGUCCAUUGUUGAGGAAAUAUUGAGGAGCAAUGAAGCACCCCAGGAAUUAGCCGAAGACCAGUUUGGAAAUUACGUCAUUCAAAAGGCCCUACGCAUGACUAAGGAACGUGGCUUGAUCAGUCUGUACAAUUCAUUGGUGCAUACUCUGAAGCCACAUUUUGCAGAACUUAGCCGGACACAUGGUGGUAAAAAGGUGCUUGCUGUUAUCAAAGAGGGUAGCCGUAGCCGGACAAAGGGUGGUAAAAAGGUGCUUGCUGUUAUCAAAGAGGGUAGCAUCGAUUGA